AUGAGAAUUCGAAAUAGUCGGUCAAAUUUCUCCCAGACGACUCCACCUGAGACCACACCUAGGGCUGCUCAUCUUCAUUCACAUCAAGGUUCACAAGGUGACCGCUUUCCAGUUGAAGAAGAGAAUAGACGCAUGGGAUGGUCCUGCUUUGCAAUAAAACAACUUCCUGCUCAAGUUGCAAGGGAGGAUCUAUUGCAUGAUGAAAUGGAAACAGAAAGCAGUACAGGAAUUAGGCCUUUGAACUGUGUUGAUAAGGAGAAAGAUGCGAAACAUUGCAUGCAAAUCAAUACAAAUCCGGCCUCAGAAGGGCAGAGUGAAGGAGCAGCAGAUAAAAGGAAAGAGUUUUCUUCAUGCGCUGGCUUUCCAGGGGGUAGAGAAAGCACAACUUCUGCUGCAGACAUGUUCUUCCUUACACUUUUUCUCAACCAGCUUUGGCUAUUUGCCUUCUUGCUUUCAGGAGAGAAACUGCCGUUUAAGAAAAGAAAACCUUAUAACCACACACAGGCUGUAGUAGAGAUGGAAAUAGAGGAAGUAGAAGAUGUCAUGCCUGAAGUAAAAGUGGAAGAUGCAAUAAUGGAAGCAAAAGGAAAAUGUGUGUCGGUAGAAGUUGAAGCAGAAGAUCAUUUAACAGAAGUUAAAGAAGAGGAUGCACCAGUUGAAGUUGAAGCGAAAGAGGCAACAGUAGAAAUGAAAGAGGAAGAUAAAUUAGUUAAAGUGGAAGUGGAAGAUGCAGUAUUAGAAGAGGAAGAUGAAAGAGCGGAAGUGGAAGAGUGUGCUACAGAAGAAGUGGAAGAAGAAGUUGCAACAAUUAUGAGGACAGUAUGA